AUGGCCACAGCCACCUCGAGUCCAUACCUAGCCAGCAGCAGGAUUUUGUCCGGCCCGGUCCUUCACUCUGAUCGGAGGGUUGGUGGCAUGCAGCCGGGCAGCACCGCUGUGACCACGGUGUCUAGUGGAUACAGAGGGGACCCUUCAGUAAAGAUGGUGCAGAGUGACUUCAUGCAGGGAGCCAUGGUGGCGAGCAAUGGGGGGCACAUGCUAAGCCAUGCCCACCAGUGGGUGACAUCGCUGCCUCACGCAGCAGCCGCAGCAGCCGCGGCCGCGGUGGCAGCAGUCGAGGCCGGCUCUCCGUGGUCCCCCAGCUCCCAGCCGCAAGACGUGAAGAGAGGGAGGGAGGACCUCCACACAGGCACCGCUCUGCACCACAGGUCCCCGCAUCUGGGGCCCCAUCAGGCGCACCUGGGAAGUUGGGGAAGCAGCUCCGCGGCGCACAUCAGCAUCACCGAGGGGCAGCAGCAGCAACAACAGCAGCAGCAGCAGCAGCAGCAGCAGCAACAACAGUCCCUCAUUUACUCUCAGCCCGGCGGGUUUACAGUCAACGGGAUGCUCAGCUCGCACGCGGGGCAGAGCCUCAUGCACCAGGGGCUGGUGCGCGAUGAAUCCCCGGAGCUGGACCACGGAAACCACCGUCAUCACCAUCACCACCAUAAUCACCACACGCACCAUCACCAGCAUCACGGGAUGAACCACGAACCGCACUCAGACGAGGACACUCCGACGUCUGAUGACUUGGAGCAUUUCGCCAAACAGUUCAAACAGCGGCGGAUCAAGCUGGGUUUCACUCAGGCAGACGUGGGCUUAGCUUUGGGCACCCUGUACGGCAACGUAUUCUCACAGACCACCAUCUGCAGGUUUGAAGCGCUUCAGCUGAGCUUUAAGAACAUGUGCAAGCUGAAGCCUCUGCUGAACAAAUGGCUGGAGGAGGCCGACUCCACGACCGGCAGCCCAACCAGCAUCGAUAAGAUCGCCACCCAGGGCAGGAAGAGGAAAAAGCGCACAUCCAUCGAGGUGAGCGUGAAAGGCGCGUUGGAGAGCCACUUCCUCAAGUGUCCCAAACCAUCCGCACAGGAGAUCAACUCACUGGCGGACACUCUGCAGCUGGAGAAGGAGGUGGUCAGGGUUUGGUUCUGCAACCGCAGGCAGAAAGAGAAGCGCAUGACGCCGCCAGGACUGCCACGCACCCCGGAGGACGCAUACUCGCAGGUGGGCAGCAUAGGUCCUGACACACCGUCACCCUCCAUAGACUGCAAGAGGAUGUACAGCGACACGUGAAAAUAACUUUGGAACUUUGAAUCAACAAUUUCAUGUUUCCC